AUUUUUUCUAUUAUUUUUAUUGCUUCAUUAAUUUUAUUAAUUACAACUAUUGUUAUAAUAUUAGCUUCAAUUUUAUCAAAAAAAGCUUUAAUUGACCGGGAAAAAAGAUCCCCAUUCGAAUGUGGAUUUGACCCAAAAUCUUCAUCCCGAUUGCCAUUUUCUUUACGUUUUUUUUUAAUUACUAUUAUUUUUUUAAUUUUUGAUGUAGAAAUUGCAUUAAUUUUACCUAUAAUUAUUAUUAUAAAAUAUUCUAAUAUUAUAACUUGAACAAUUACUUCUAUUAUUUUUAUUUUAAUCUUAUUAAUUGGUUUAUACCAUGAAUGAAAUCAAGGAAUAUUAAACUGAUCAAAUUAA